UGGCAUCGCUGACCCGGAAUAUCAACACUUGUAUAGAUUACUUAGUACAUGGUAUACCUUGCUGCAGGGUUUUCUUUGAGACCAUAUAACAUUAACGAGCAGCGAGGCGUUUCAGAAAACACGCAAUCUGUAUAGAAUUUGCGCGGUCAACAGAGAGUUCCACCUCGUGUGUCGAUGUCUCCCAGCUGUGCACAGGCCUUCGGGUUCUUCCAUCCCAACCCGAAUCAUCCACAUUGAACAAUCGAUGCAGAUGCUAACGCAGGAGCACAAAACUUGACAGAAUCCCAUGCGCGCCGAGAUACCCCUCGAAAGCGUUCCGCUGAACGACAGCUGGACGGCAAAAAACUUCCGGUACUUCCUCCAGGCGCUGUUAUUGAACGCCCCAACUGCCCUCGCCGUUCAGGCAAUCUCGGGUAGUAAACAUUGCGAAGCUAGCGUGUCGUGGUCGCGUGUCCAACCGCCAAUAACACUCCGGCAUACGGUAAGGCUGAUGAUUGUUUCGCAGAUCCCGGCGCAAUUUUGUUUUCGCGGAUUUCCGUGGGGGCGGGACGGAUGCAGCAGAGAUGAUUUCAUCUGUCGCAGAGUCUCAACAGAAAACCGAGCGGUACCCACAGGUGAACGAGAUGCGAGGUUUAAUAUGUUGCGCGCCGGCGAUGCGUCUGGGGCAGGCAGGUACCUGGGGAAUUUGACAAUAUAUCGGCCAUCAGCUAGAUUAUCGAAUAUAUUGUCGACCGGGUGCACGGAGAUGAGCACCGCCGCCUAUGGCCCUGAUCACAGUCUUGCGUAGGGGAUGGUAUCUCUUGUCAAGUCACUUGUUGGACUCGACCAAGUCGGUUCUGAGCCCUGCCGUAGCGUCG